UCCUCAGCACCUUUACCGUCCGCUGGUUCAGCGUUGAGUUAUCCAGCAUCCCAAUAUCGGAUGGCUAGGUCCACAAGCAGGAGUCCUUCACCAAAACGUGUUAAAAUGGACUCCCCGCCUGUCACAAACACUCACUUUGCAGAAACUGAGGAGCAACAACCAGAAACGAAGAUAGAAGAAGAAGAAGACUCCGAUAGAUGUUCUAUAUGUCUGCAAGAUAUCAUAGACCGCACCCUUGUUCCAAUCUGCUCUCAUGAAUUCUGUUUCGACUGCUUGCUGCUUUGGACGGACCAGUCGCGCCGCUGUCCACUAUGCUCGCAAUCCGUGGGAGACUUCCUCAUCCACCACAUUCGCUCGCGAUUCGAUUACCAAAAGCACUUCCUAGCGCCGUUGGCGACAUCACCCCGACCCAUCCAGACUUUGCCUCUGAGACAGCUGCAGCGAACGCGUGGUCCUCGGCGCCAAUAUAGGGAGCGUCAGUGGGGAAUCAGGGAGCCAGAUGAGAACGACGAAGCGGAUCGGCUCGACCGUUCGAUCGUGAAGAGAAGAUGGAUUUAUGAGCACGGGCUAUAUGCCAAGCAUGUCGCGUCCAAUUCUCACACGCGCUACCGUCCGUAUCCUACCCCAGCACAGUUCACUGCCUCACAUGACACAAUCGCCCGCACAAUCAUGUUUCUGCGUAGAGAAUUACGAGUAUGGGUCAACUUGGACGUCGAAUUUUUAACGAACUUCACUAUUUCUCUUAUGAAAGCCAUCGACAUCCGGUCCGAAUCUGCCGUCAAGUUGCUCGCCGAAUUUCUGGAUCUAGACGCCCCAUAUGUGGAGGGUGAGAGGCACGUAAACGCGGAACACUUUGCUCACGAAGUCUAUUCUUUCGUACGAUCCCCAUACAAAGACUUAUUUGUUUACGACGAUGUCGUUCAGUACGAUGUCCCCGCCACGCUUCCUCAACCGCAUACCAGACGGCGUCGGAGAUGGCACUCACCGUCAAGGUCAAUAUCUCCAGAGCAACGUCGGAGACGUAGUCGCUCCCACUCAUUCUCUGAAUCCCGGUCAAAUUCACGAACUAGAUAUACCAAUACCUCAACUUCACGCGAAGACGACAUCGCUCGUCCCGUUGAUCGUUCGACCUCGAGUAACAAUGUGGUGGAGAUGGCCCAAGGCCAUGACGUCAAGGGUAAAGGCAAAGCCCGUCUCCCGAGCCCAAGCGAGGGAAGCGUCAUCUCGCUGGGAUCAGCUUCGCCUGCGCCUGAACCACUAUUAAUGUCUCUCCAAGAUGGCGGUGAUAGCAGGCUUCAUGAUGAAGAAACUCGGUCCCGCGAUCUGCCUAACCCAACGAGGUUUAGCAAGCCAAGUCAGCCAGGGUCUGGACCAGAAAAAGUGCUCUCAUUCGUUGGUGCUGCUGCUGCUUUGAGGGAGGAGAAUCUCACGAAAGAAUCGCGCGACACCAACCAUUCUCGGUCGAAAGAGGAAAUCUCUAAAGGUCAUGUUUCUGGGGAACCACAUUUGCCAUCAUCAGCACCCGUACGAAAGCCCCCACGCGUUCGCCAUCGGAGUUUAUUGGAGAGCGUUCAGGCUCAUCUCGUCGCACGUCCAGCUGACAGAACAAUGCAGCGCUCUUCUGCGAAGAUGUCUAGACUCAGGGCCAAUUCAAACGAAACCGAUAAUAACGAGAAAGACGCCUCCUCUCCCCCUUCUUUGCUGUUGCGAAUGUCAGACCCUAGCACGGGACAACCAUUUGUCUCCCAGGGAAGCCCAAUUGACGGGGUUACGCGCCCACUAACCCCGGCAGAGAUUAUCGACUCUUCUUCUCAUAUCUUGGGUGAUAUGGUCCGAUCGCGACCGCGGCUUUCCGCCCCGGAAAUGAUGGCACUAACUACUGCUCGACAAACCCGGCUCGGCGUCCCUCUUCCAACGGCGCCACAAUCAUCACCACCUGGAAAACAAGGUUCAGUGCGGGAUGGCAGCGGGGGCAAUAUGGAGGUGCUACUGUCUUCGGACGGCGACAAAAGACGAGCGGAGCUUCUUCAGCGGCUAGAAGAAGAAAAAAGGAGAGCAAAUCGAGCGAAUGGUGCCAGUGCAUCAGCGACAAUGGGGUUUGACGGUAAAGACCAUGUUGAUACGGCUGCUGUGGAAGCACGAUUGCGGAAACAGGCACAGCUUCGAGUCCGCCUCGCUGCUGAGAAGCGGAGAUAUAAUUCGCUGUAG